AUGCCACAGAGACACAACAACGCAUGCAAGGGAUGGCAGAAGGAAUGCGAUGUACUAUGGCUCUAUGGUCCCCUCUACAAUGCUACCCAGCCUCGGAAACAUCAACAUCAAGUGCAUUCAUCCCCUACUUGUGACUGGACGACAACCUUCUCCCAAUACUCUCCUCACCAACAACCCGCAUCGUCCCCCAUCUCAGUAGAUAGUCUCUCCAAUGACAUCGAAUCUCUUGCUAUUGCAGCACCAACUGAGGUCUCCGUAUCGCCUUUGGAGGAAUUGCCAACAGCACCACAAACAGUUGCAGUGGCAACAGAAGCAGUAGAAGACGAGACACCGGAGUCAUCGACGACGGUGACCGCCAUCGAAACUCUACCUUCACUACCAUCACUCUCCACGUCUUCGCCCGACUCGGUUGCUCCCGAUGCAGUUAUCGCAGUCGACACCGCAGUAUCAACAACAACAACAGCAAUCAAUGUUUCCGUCCCUGCAUCCGAUAGGCAAUCAGGCGCAGACGUUUCUGUUUCCCCCCUUCACAUCGACACCUCUGCCCCUACUGCGGUCAAGAACGAGUCGUUGUCGUCCUCGCUUACCGAGGAGAACACACUCUCCCGACCAAAAUCGGCCUUGAAGCAGUUGGGCACGAUGGCCCAAACCAUUGAGGAGCUUCGGUCCUUCACCCAGACACCUCACUACCUCGCCCUCACCAAGGCCCUCGACUCCUUCUCCCUGACUUCGUCAGCUGAAGGUUCGUCAUCGACCCUGGUGGAGCUCGUGGAAGGUACCCAGUCAGAGCCCAUGUCGCCCAUCACUGACGGUGGCAACAACGACGGCUCAACCUUCUUGUUGCCCAUCUUCCCCUCACCGACAAAGUACCAUUUCCGAAGCCAUGACCGUCGGCGAGCAUCGUUCCCCAAAUCUGCAUCCCACCCGAAUCAACUGAACGUCAAUAUCAACCUCAACAUGGACGUCUCUGUCGACGAUGCUCCUGUCGCUGGUGGGCGUCGAGCCACCAUUGGAGGUAGUCAUUGCAGUACCUCUGGUCGCCGUCAUCAUAAUGGGCGCUUGGUUCCUUCUGCGUCCGCCAAGCAGCUGCGGUUCAGUCUUGAAGUCCAAGAAUUGAUUUUCUUGCCGACUUCGCCUCCCUUCCGGAUCACGCGCGCCAGACCCACGAGGGCGCAUUCUGACCCCGCCAUUCGAGCCGUGACCUCCUCUUCUUUCAUUGCCCCGCAGUCGUCUCAUAUUCAUGGUCAGCAUCAAGAUGGUCUGUCGACUGCGCAGCAGCAUUCGUUGCGCCGAUCGGGUCUCUUCUCGAAACCCGCUGCCUCUGAGGCCUCGUUCGAGAACACGACCACAACUUUUAUCAAGGUCCGCGCCUCUUCGUCGUCUCAUGGAUCUCGGUCGAGGUUGUACUACCGGGAUGAUGAGAAUCGGCCCGAGUGCAACUCUAACGACGACGAUUACUACUAUGAGGACUGUCGCGGGGGUUGUAACUCCACCACGGAUGAGGAGUUCACUGAUGACGGAGACGACGAGGACGAUUACAACGACUCGGAGGAUCUCCUGGACGGGGAGGACGAUGAGCACGAUGAGUUCAAUGGACUCGGCAGGACGAGACGGCACUCUACCGGAUCUCGUCACAAACGUUGUCAACAUGCCAGAUCGCGGCGGUACCGUCUCUCGUCCAAGGAUGGCAUCGUCGCUCGGCGGGCGAAUGAUACCUCGUACCCGGUAAAGGCAGAUGGACCCGGCGUGUUGUGGCAGGUUUAUACUGCUGUUACAGGCGUUAAGGAGUUGAUUGCUUGGUAUGGUUCCAUGGUCUACCACAGCUCUUCCCUCUAA